GUAGCGGUUCUACAGCAUCUCAAAGGCAGUAACUUCUCUUCCAUCCGCCAGAGAAAGACAUUCGCUGCUGUUUGUCCUUUCAAGUCGAUAAUAUCAGAUAGCUUUAUUACAGGUGCAUCCAGCAGGAAACGAUGAGGAGCAGUUUGUUGCUGGCGGUUCUGUCCAUCAUGAUGAGCUUCCCAUCCUGCCAGUCCAGCUGCGAAGAGCAGGAGAUCGGAGAGCCACACAGAUCGGAGCUGGAGAUACAGAAGGGUCGUGGAUUGUCUAACAUUCCCCGCGAACUUCUGAAACGGUAUAGCGAUAUCGAUUAUGAUAGUUUCGUGGGACUGAUGGGCAGGAGAAGCAGCGGCACAAACAACUCACCGCUACGAAAAAGGGACAUGCAUGAUGUCUUUGUGGGACUCAUGGGUCGCAGGAGUUCACAGAUGGAUGAAUCCCGUCCUUGGAGACAAGAGUACCCUGUGAGGAGGGUUGGGAUUUUCUUCAAUAAAUGCAAGCUGAGGUCUCGCCAAGAAGAGUAGUUCAGCGUUCCCAUCGCACUUGCGUGAAAAUAUCUGAACUCUGCCUAGUGAAUAAAUUUUUGUUCCAGAUUUUACAGGGUGCAAAGGGGAAAGAAACAACUGCGU